AUGAACAACCACCAAGCUGUGAAGCAACAAAUGAACCCUAUGGGUUCGAAUGAACAAAACAGAAUGGUGACUCCAAACAGCAACAUGCCGGGGGGUAUUCGAGAUUUAGCUUAUCAAAGAAACAAUGGACACAACGACAUAGGAAAAAUGAACAUGAACAACAAUGCACAACAACAUAACCCACCAAAUAGCAAUACGCACAACAAUUCAAAUAGCAUAAAUAAUAACAACUAUUCUUUAGGUUUAUACAUUGACAACCCACAAAAUGCAUUCGUAUUUGACGAAAACGAUUUGAGAACGUUAUUUGCUCAUUACAAUGGAGCACAAAAUAUAAGAAUACUAAAUGAUAAAGCAGCUGCGCAAAUUACUUUUAAUGACAAAAAUAUGAUUCAGCAAGUGAGAAAAGACAUAAACGGUCUUACCAUUACAGACAUUGGCACGAUUAGGUGUAUUAUACUGAAUGAGGGAAAAACUGUGGAACAAUUUCUUCCCUUUUCGGCCAACGACCCUGCAUCGGUGCAGCAGAAACCAGGUUCCAAUGAGGAUGGCGACAACACAGUCAACAUGCUGAAGAAGCUGGCGAACUUGCUGCAGCCGGAGGGCACCGUGGGUAAUACCACGGCACCCAACUUGAGCGACGACGCAGGAUUAAGUGCGACUGCGAAUGUAAAUAUGGGUGCAAAUGUGACAACAAAUGUGAACAUGGGUGGACAUAUGAUUACAAAUGAGAACGUGAAUUCAAACCCCAUGCCAGGGAAAAACCAAGUGAAGAAUAAAAUGAAUAACCACCCCACUUACAACAACGGUGGUAGCCAGUUCAACCAAGUUCACAUGAACAAAGGGGAGCACGGCGAUAACAACCCCUAUGCUGCGAAGCGGUUAAGUCGAAUUGAACUAAUUGACAUAUUUGGUUUCCCCGCAGAAUUUGAUGUAAUGAAAAAAAUUUUAGGAAAAAAUAACUCCAACAUAUCUUACAUAAAUGAACAAACUAAUAACUCUGUAUCCAUUGAGAUAAAGGGGAAGCCAUUUAAUGAAGCUCCGAUUGUGGAGCGCAUGCAUGUGUCUGUUUCAUCAGACGAUCCAAUAGGCUAUAAAAAAGCUACGGAGUUGAUUGUAGAAUUAUUGAAUUCUAUUUUUGAAGAAUUUUACGAUUUCUGUUAUGAGAACAAUUACCCAGUUCCGGAAAAUUUGUCCUUUAAGAGACAUGAAUAUAUGUAUAACCCUGAUGGGAGUACCAAGUAUGUAGGAUUCAAAGACAAGUGGCAGGUCAUGAAGGACAACUAUAGGAAUGAUUACUCCUUUAGGAAAAACAAAGGCUUGCAAAAGAACGACAAGGACAAGAGGAUGCACGCUGGCGCCUUUGGCGUGCAUCCCAACUUGAGCAUCGGCUACGCCAACCAGAAUGCUCCCCAGGGGGACUUCAAAGACAUGAAUUACAAAGAAUCCAACCAGGGAAAUUUUCGUAAUAUGAAGUUAAACCGGGCGCGGGAUCAGCACAUGUGA